CGUUUCUUUUUUUAAAAUAUAUGCAUUUUUUGUUGCACACACUUGUCAAGACAACUAGAAUUCAGUUGACCGUGACAUUAAUCGUCAGCUUCCUACCACCUUUGCUCAUUGUGCCGUCUCUAUUGCGCACGUCACUGUACGAGUAAAUACGCAGAUCUUAUGAUUACGUAUAUCAUCCUUUUUGUGUAUAACUUUUUAUUACCACAUUAGCACGUUUAUUAUUUACUAGCGAUUAAUAACGAAGGUUAUUAUGUUUUCUCGUUUACGAAAAAAAAAAAAAAAAAAGAAAACUAAAAACAGAAGUUACAAUUUUAUGUAAUCACAGAAUGCUUUCUCUUCUAACAAUUUAUAAAUUUAAGUCGUCAUUAUUAAACGUUACAACACACCAACAGUAAAAUUCGGACAAGAAAGAUCACUCCGAGAACUUCCGUGUUCUAAUCUAAAAAAGAAACUGCCUACCAUUUUAAUUUCGUAUUCGGAAGGUCAGAUGGCGCGCUAAUAGAUAGUUUUUUUACUUGUGUAUGAAUGAGGCAAUGCGCACGUUCUGAAUUACAUAUAUGUGUAUCAACAGUUUGGAAAAUGUCUUCCUGAAAAUAUGUUAUGGAAUUGUUACUUUAGAUCAAAACAAUCAAUGUUUUGUACUUAAAUUUUACUCAAACACGAUAUAAAUCGAUCUACAUAUUAUUAACGAAAUUUAAUAUAUAUAUACAAGUGCAUAUGCAUUCGAGGAAAUUACAUCGACGUAUUAUUGCACCAUCUAACUUUAUAGAUAUAGAAUUAAAGUCGUAGAGAGUUAAAGUUCUUAUUAUAAUUUGAGGUCCAUGGCUUCAUUACUUUAUACACAGCACAGAACUUCGUACACAGUAUAUAAUACCUAUAAAAAUAACUUAUAAAAUAGUAACGUUGAUUCAAAGAGAAAUAAUAUUCUUUGAAUAUUUUUUCUAUUAUUAUCUUUCUCUAACAGAAGCAUGGAGGAAGAAGAAUUGAUAAAUGAGAUUGCUAAAUUACGUGAGCUUUUGCAUGAGAAGGAAUCUGAGUUAGCUAAUAUAAGGCGCGCGAAACAAAUUCCACGUGACCACGGUUUGAAUAACGAUGAAAUUAGCAGAUAUAGCAGGCAAAUUUUUUUGCCAGAAAUUGGUGUAACAGGACAAAAAAAGAUAAAGGAAUCUUCAGUACUUAUCGUGGGAGUAGGUGGAUUAGGUUGUCCUUCUGCAUUAUACUUAACAUGCAGUGGUAUUGGACGUAUUGGACUUGUCGAUUAUGAUAAUAUUGAAAUUAAUAAUUUACACAGACAGGUCUUAUUCACGGAAGGAUCUAUUGGAAUGCCUAAAGUAACUGUAGCUGCAGAAUUUCUCAACAAGUUAAAUAGUUAUACAGAAGUUACUCCUUAUAAACUUCAACUGGACAGUAGCAAUGCUUUAAAAAUUAUAGAAUUGUAUGAUAUUGUAUUGGAUGCAACUGACAAUGUAGCAACGCGUUAUUUAUUAAACGAUGCGUGUGUUUUAAGUAACAAACCUUUGAUCUCAGGAUCAGCAUUGCGUUUUGAAGGACAUUUGUCUGUAUUUAAUUACAAAGGUCCUUGUUACCGAUGUAUCUUUCCUAAACCACCAUCUCCUGAAACAGUAACUAAUUGUGGUGAUGGUGGUGUACUUGGAGCAGCUGUUGGAACAAUUGGUGUUUUACAAGCAGUGGAAGCUAUUAAAGUAAUUCUUGACAUGCCUGAAACACUUUCUGGACGUUUGUUAGUAUUUGAUGGAAUUGAAACACGAUUUCGUAAUAUCAAUUUACGAACCAGAAAUCAAGAAUGUGCCAUUUGUGGAAAAAAUCCAAUUAUAAAAGAAUUAAUUGAUUAUGAACAGUUUUGUGGUGCAAAAGCAAAUGAUAAAAAUCCUAAUUUAAAUCUACUUAAAAAUGAAGAUAGAAUAACAGUUGAAACAUAUAAUCAUAUAAUAAAAUUUAACACAGAAGAUCACUUAUUAAUUGAUGUGCGUUCACCCGAAGAAUUUCAAAUUUGUCGUUUGAGAAAUUCUAUAAAUAUUCCAUUGUAUGAGAUUUACAAGGAUAACGCUACUAAGCAAAUAAAAAGUGAAAUAGACAAACAGGAUAAUGGAAAAACAAUAUCAAAAGUUUAUGUUUUAUGUAGAAGAGGAAAUGAUUCACAGAAAGCAGUAAAACACCUUCAAGAGAUAUUUAAAGAUAGUAAAUUAAACAUAAAAGACAUCAUUGGAGGAAUUCAUGCCUGGAGUAAUAAAAUCGAUUCAACAUUUCCUAUUUAUUGAUUAUUCGGCCUGAUGAAAUAUUCAAUAUUUCAUUAUGAUACAAAUGUGUAUACAUCUACGAUUAUAUAUAUAAAUCUAUAUAUAUAUAUAUAUAUGUUACAUAUGUUUGUAUAUAAUUUAUACAAGUAUUAUUUUUUCUAAAAUAGAGAUAUGCUACAAAAAAGUUACGAAAGAGAAAUUCAAUUGUAUUUCGCUAAUUCUUCUGCUGAUAAACUUGUUUCCGGAUGUCUAUAAUGGAUAUCACUUAAACUUCUUAAUUUGUCUGCUGCUUGUUCCGGAGUUAAAUCUCUUUGUACUUGCGCAAGUAAUUCAUAUCCAACCAUGUGCUUUUUUAUCGUAGCUGAACGUAAUAACGGAGGUAGAUAAAUUCCAUGAAACGUCCAAUAUGGAUAAUCUUGUUUUAGAUAUUCACCAGUUGGCGCACCUUUAAUUGUUAUAUAAUUAUUAUUUUUUAUACAAAUAAUUACGUACAAAUAUUUAUUUAAAAAGAUAAUGUAUAAUAAAAAAAGUUGACAAUGA